CUUCCCCGACCCUAACACGGGAUUCUCAAAUAACAUGCUGCAGAUUUACUCAAAAUGCGUCCUCUAAUUUAUAGUAUAUUCCUAGCUUCUACUCUUUUUGUUUAUAUACCGUCGUCUAGAUCAGAACCUAAAACAAAUGAACAUUUUGGUGCAGCAGAAGGGACAGAAUCCGCGAAGGAUCCAACUGUGCUGUUGUCAGUGAUAGCAAGAAACGUGGCCCACUUAUUGCCUAACUGGUUAGGCUACAUCGAGAAUUUAGAUUACCCAAAAGAUCGGAUUUCAAUAUGGAUUGCUACAGACCAUAAUGUGGACAACACGUCAGGGAUUCUUAAAGAAUGGGCUAAUAAUGUCGCACCACUGUAUCAUAGAGUCCUUAUAAAUGCAACAGAUUCACCAACCAUGUAUAGUGAUGCAUCCUUUGUAUCAGAAUGGUCUGAAUUGAGAUACCAACAAGUGGCAUCCCUUAGACAACAGGCAUUAGAUGCUGCAAGAGAACAGUGGGCAGAUUAUUUAUUUGUUGUUGACUGUGAUAACUUUUUGUUCAACGCAAGUGUGCUGAGGGACUUGAUGGCAGAGAAAAAGACUGUGGUAGCACCAUUAAUACCAGUGUUCCAGAACCAGUCAGCAUAUUCAAACUUCUGGGGAGGAAUGGAUGAAGAUGGAUAUUAUAAAAGAACCGAUGAAUACUUUCCAGUUCUCUAUCGAGAAAUACGAGGAUGUUUUGACUUUCCAAUGAUCCAUUCAACAUACCUUGUCGACUUGCGCCAGAGGGUGUCGUCAAACUUGACCUACUAUCCCCCACCCCCUAAGUACAAGGGAGAAGUAGAUGACAUCUUGAUUUUUGCUUACUCAGCGAGAACUGCAGGAAUCAAGUUGCACCUUAUUAAUAGAGAUUUUUAUGGUUACAUGGUACCACCUAUUCAUACUACGGAAAACCUUCCAGAAAUCCAGAUUCUUUUCACUGACCUCAAACUCGAGUAUUUAGUUGACCAUCCAGAAGAACUGAUGCUCGUCAGUCCUCAUGUUAGCAUCAAACCCAUCAAACAAGACAAGCUAGGAUUGGACGAGAUUUAUAUGAUUAAUCUAAAGCGACGGCCGCUUAGAAGAAGACGCAUGUUGGCUUCGUUGAAAGAGCUGGGGAUCGACGUAAAGUUAGUGGACGCUGUAGAUGGAAACUCUUUGACAAUCGAUCAGAUCAAAGAGAUGGGAAUCAAGAUGUUACCGGGAUAUUUUGACCCAUACAGUAAAAGAGCGUUGACAAUGGGAGAAAUUGGCUGCUUUCUAAGUCAUUACUUUAUUUGGGAAGAGAUGCUCAACAAAGGGUUGAACAAUGUGUUAGUACUUGAAGAUGAUGUCCGUUUUGAGUCUAACUUUCGCCGGAAGGUGGAAGCGUUUCUCGAUGAAGCUUUUCAAAUUCGGGACAAAUACCCUUGGGAAUUGAUUUAUUUAGGGCGCAGAAGGAUGAAGACAGAAAUCAUUGACACAGUGGAUGGGUCUAAUUACUUAAAUUGGGUCAAUUAUACCUGGUGGACCUUGGGGUACAUGAUUAACCUUCAAGGCGCUCGAAAACUGAUAUCGGCUAAGCCUUUGGUUAAAAUGAUGGCAGUGGAUGAGUUUCUACCAGUAAUGUAUGACCGCCAUCCUAAUAAGGAAUGGUCCAGCUACUUCGAGCCAAGGAAUCUGGUUGCCAUGACAGCGGAACCUUUACUGAUCUACCCAACCCAUUACAUCGGCGACCAUGGUUACUUCAGUGACACUGAAACGGAAAGUAUCGUUCCUGAUGAUGUUCUAAGUAAAAAAGAAGAACUUUGAUAUUGAUUGAGUGUUAGGGUCUUUAGUGAAAUCAGUGAAAGUAGAGCUAAAAUUUCAGGUAUCGACUACAACAAACACAGAUAAGGCAGUGUUUUUGGGAUUAUAUCAGGUCUGGAACAGGUUCUCAGCUCUCGACUGUUUAUGACCACGGUAAAAAGGGAAACCUUUCGUUUGUAGUUCUAUGCACCAUAUAAAGAUAGCGAGCAUGCUGCAUUGUGGUCUAGCUUGAUUCAAACGUCGACUUUUCGUCGCGCGAAAUGCAAUGCGUCUAUUUUAAAGGCUCAAUAUCUCGGCGGCUACGGUUAAAUGCGACGUUUGAAUCAGAUGUCAAUUAGAUUUGACGCGUAAAAGUUCGACGUAUGAACUGGACCUUAUUUCAGUUCAAACGAAAAUCAAACUUUUAACUGUAAUAUCUGUAAAACUGAGUUAAGAAAAUUUACUUUCAAAUUUGCAUAAUUUUUAAUGUCAAUAUUCAAAAUUACUCUAAGACUAGAUUACGAAUUACAAUUAUUUUCUUUAAAAAAUAUAUAAAAGAAUAAAAUAUUGAAAUUA